CUAAAACCCUAGGUGCGAUAUCAAAGUUUUAGCAACAUGUGUGUGGAUUGCAGACGUUCACGCUUCCCGAUCUUUCCUACGAUUAUGACGCACUGGAGUCGGCGAUUAGCGGAGAGAUUAUGCAGCUCCAUCACCAGAAACACCACCGGACUUACAUAACCAACUACAAUAAAGCUAUCGAGCAGCUCGAUGAUGCUAUCACCAAGGGAGAUGCUUCAACUGUUGUCAAAUUUCAGAGCACUAUUAAGUUCAAUGGCGAAGGUCAUGUAAAUCACUCAAUUUUCUGGAAGAAUCUCACUCCCACCAGUGAAGGAGGUGGCGAGCCACCACAUGGUUCUUUGGGCUCGACUAUCAACCAGAGCUUUAGUUCUGUGGAAAAACUGAUUGCUAAAAAGAACGCAAAAGGCGCUGCUGUGCAAGGUUCUGGAUGGGUGUGGCUUGCUGUUGACAUAGAGUUGAAGAGGCUUGUGGUUGAAACCACAUCAAACCAGGACCCACUGGUUACAAAAGGUCCAAGUUUGGUUCCUCUGCUUGGCAUAGAUGUUUCGAAGCAUGCAUUUAAAAAAAUUUCAUUUUUGUAUGGUAUACAAAUUGUACACAUUUCAACUUAUAUAUGUGUUUUUGUACAAUUUGCAGUAUAAAAAUGUCAGGCCCGAUUACUUAAAGAACAUCUGGAAGGUGAUCAACUGGAAAUAUGCAAGUGAGGUAUAUGAGAAAGAGUGCCCUUAAAAGAGUUGCAGGUUUGUUAAGAUUUAAAGGAUGCAAUAAAGAAACCCUAUUUUACCCUUGGGAUAAGAACAUACUGUGUAUGAAACCAGUUUUCCUGUUACACAUUGGAUUUUUCUGAUUAGAAUCCAUUGAAUCAUUGAGUUUCAG